GAAAUCAAACAAUCAUCGGCCAAUGCCAGCUCUGUCGAGAAUCCCAACAAUAUUGUUCGCCUGGGUAAACUAGAAAAGAUGGCAAAGCCAUCAAAUACAUCUAAUAAAAUUUCGAAAGAGUUCGAAAAAACCGUUCCCUCAGGAAACGAUCAGAAUCAUGUGACUUCAGUUGAACCAGACCUCACGAAGCAAAAUAAUAAUGAGCUGAUUCUGGAGGAAUCACUAGAUAGAAAUCAAAUCGUAGAACAGG